AUGACCACAAAGCGAGAACUUCCCUCCAAGGAGAGCGCCGUCUUCAAGAAUGUGCUGCGUCAUUACGAGCACAAGCAGUACAAGAAGGGUCUCAAGUUGGCCGAUUCCAUUCUCAAAAAGUAUCCCGACCAUGGUGAAACGCUUGCUAUGAAGGGUCUCUUCUUGAACAAUCUCGACAAGAAAGAGGAAGGCUAUGAGUUUGUCAAAAAGGGUGUUGCGAACGACUUGACCUCCCAUAUCUGUUGGCACGUGUAUGGUUUGAUGCAUCGUGGCGACAAGAACUACGAGGAGGCUUCCAAGUGUUACACCAAUGCUCUCAAAUACAACAAGAAUGAUCCUCACAUCCUUCGUGAUCACGCCUUGCUGCAAACCCAGUUGCGCCAUUACGACCAAUUGAUUGAAACACGUGCGCAGCUCUUGCAACAAAAGCCUACUUAUCCUCCCUUCUGGAUUGGAUUGGCUAUCGCUUACCAACUUGGUGGAAAGAUUGAUAACGCUCUCACUGUCUUGAAGUCUCAGGAAGAAUCCGUCAAGGAAAUUGGCAAUGCUUUUGAACACUCUGAGCUUUUGAUGUAUCACAAUUCAUUGUUGGAAGAGAAGGGCGAUUAUCAGGCUGCAUUGGAUCAUUUGGAAACGAUCAAGGAAAAGGUGACUGAUCAACGAUCUCUCAAGGAGAAGCGUGCUGCUUUCCUCGCCAAGCUUGACAAGGUUGAAGAAGCUGAGGCUGCCUAUCGUGGCUUGAUUUCCGAGAAUCCUCACGAUCGUGCUUACAUCAAGGCAUUGUUGGCAUUGAAGGGACUUGAAAAUGACAAGAAGGGUGCUUAUGACUUUUGCAAGGAGCUUGCUGAAGAGUAUCCUCGAUCCAAGAUCAUGGAAUCGCUUUUGCUUCAAUAUGCCGAAGGUGCUGAUUUCGAGACCAAGGUGGACGCUGUUCUUCGCAAGUCUUUGAUCAAGGGCGUUCCUUCUUUGUUUGCCAGCAUGAAGAAAUACUAUGCGGAUUCUGCCAAGCAGGCUGUGAUUGACAAGUUGGUACAAGGCUAUCGUGCAUCGCUUGAGAAGAAGAGUACCUUUGAUGACAAGAGCGACAAGCGUGAACCUCCCUCGGUGUUGCUCUGGACCUUGUAUUAUCUCGCACAACAUUACGAUUACCAUCAGCAAUUUGAUAAGGCUCUUGAAUGCAUCAAUGCUGCCAUCGAGCAUACACCUACUAUUGUUGAGCUUUACAUGACCAAGGGCAGAAUUCUCAAGCACAAGGGCCAAAUCGAGGAAGCUGCCAAGGUGAUGAAUGAAGCUCGUGAGCUCGAUUUGCAAGAUCGUUUCAUCAACUCCAAGUGUGCAAAAUACAUGUUGCGUGCUGGUCAGGUCGAAGAAGCUGAAAAGAUCCUUGCCAUGUUCACCCGUAAGGAGGUCUCGGCUGUGCAAGAUCUUACUGAUAUGCAAUGCCAUUGGUUCCACAUCGAGGAAGGAUAUGCUUAUUUGCGACAAAAGAACUAUGGCAAGGCUCUCAAGCGUUUCCAUGUCACUCAAAAGAUCUUUGACGAUAUUUAUGACGACCAAUUUGAUUUCCACGGCUAUUGUCUUCGCAAGAUGACGAUUCGCGCCUACGUCAAGAUGCUUCGCUUUGAGGAUAACUUGCGCCAGCACCACUAUUACGUCACCGCUGCUAAGGGUGCUGUUGAAGCCUACCUUGCUAUUGCCGACAAGCCCAAGGAAAGCAAUGGCUUGGAUGAGUCUGGUAUGACCGAGGCUGAAAAGAAAAAGGCACGGAGCAAGGCUCGCAAGGCAGAGCUUAAGGCAUUGCAGGAUAAGGAGAACGUCAAGGAAGACGCAACUGCUACUGCUGCUGCAAGCGGUGCCAAGAAACACGAUUCUAAGAAGUCGUCUGAUGAGGAUCCCGAGGGUGAAAAGUAUCUCAACACCACUACUCCUUUGGAUGAUGCUAUGCAAUUUAUCAAGCCAUUGAUGCUUGUGGCUCCCAACUUGGUUGAUACCCAUGCUCUCGCUUUUGAAGUUUACUUGCGUCAAUCACAAUGGGUGUUGGCUCUGCGGUGUCUCGUCAAGAUUGCCGAGAUUGACAAGAGCAAUCCUGCCUUUGAGAAGGGUAUGGAUAGAUUCAAAAAAGCAGUCGCAUCUGCUGGACCUUUGCAACCUGCUAUUCAAAAGAUUAUCGACCUGCAAAUGGCAAAGAUCUGA